AUGCUACAUACUAGGUGCGUCGCAGGAUGGCUAGUGUUUACUAUGGCCAUAAAAAGGGCUCUUACGCGGACCGCGAGGCACGGCCUUCGACGUAACUGCCUUCCUUGUUUAUCAUCUAUUACUCAUCUCCAACGCCCGUUCUCUGUGUCACCGCUCCCCAAGGUCCCCUCUGAACAGCCCGUAACUUAUGGAGCGAAGGAUGAAGUUGCACGUCUGGCGGCCAGUCGACGCCGACCGUUAACUCUAGCAGACUUGCUGAAACAUGGUCGCCCGCCUUUGUCUGAUGAAGCUCUUCUCGCGUCCGCAAACUAUACCCUCUCUCUCCUUCCCGCACGCUUAGCAUCUCGAAUUGAAGCCCUGCGAAAUCUGUCGUUUAUUGUUGUGUCAAACCCACAUAUCUCCAAAAUCUACAACAACUAUCUUCACUCCCUCUCGACCCUUCUGCCCUACCAACAGCGACAGGUCACAACCCUGGAAGAAGAAACCAGUUUGCCGAGAUACGUCGACCCUGUGGAAGUGACUCGAUUUUUGGAUACCCACUUGCGCGCGAGAAUUGGUACAAGAUUGAUAGCCGAGCAACACCUGGCACUUCAUUUCGCUUCUCAACCUGUCAGCAGUGCCGAUACCAGAGCCCAACAGGCGUCAAAAAGCACCACCCCCUCUAACUACAUCGGGGUCAUUGACACUGCUCUGCAACCCGCACGCAUUGUGAAACUAUGCGAGGACUUUGUAGGGGAAAUCUGCGAACUGAAAUAUGGCAUCCGACCUCGAGUAAAGAUUGACGGCCAGCCAGAUGCAACCUUCGCUUAUGUUCCUGUCCACGUGGAAUACAUAAUCACGGAAUUGUUGAAGAACGCGUUCCGUGCUGUGGUUGAAGCUGGGAAUGAACGUGAGCCCAUCGAGGUCACCAUUGUCGCUGCGCCUGAUGUACCCCGACAACACGCUCGCGAACCAUCUACCCCAGGAACUUCAACUCUAAACCCAGCCGCCCAGUUAGAUACAGACGUGGGAUUCCAGAUGGACACGGUGGUCGGAACCGCGGACGCCAACGAAUCGAUCAAAAUCUCCGCCCCUUCCGCCCAGAGUAUCACGAUCCGAAUCCGCGACCGUGGACACGGGAUCCCUCCGGAGAUCUUGCCCAAUAUCUGGUCGUACAGUUUUACUACGUUUUCGGACCUCGAUGUCCAGGGCUUGGAGAAUGGAAAUAUGGAUGCCUUCAACGCCAUUUCCAGUAGUAGUGGGAACUUAAGCAGUAUCGCCGGUCUAGGGUACGGAUUGCCGUUGAGUAGAGCAUACGCCGAAUACUUCGGAGGCAGUAUUGCUGUUCAGAGUCUAUGGGGUUGGGGUACAGAUGUUUAUUUGACUCUUAAGGGAGUUGGGAAGAUCUGA